AUGCCGCCACGACCCGAUCCUAGAAUGGCAGCCGUGCUAAUGGCAUUCGAAGCCCUAUGCACUGCCCUGGAACAGACCCCGGAGGAACUUGAAAGAUAUAGGGUGACGCAAUGCUUGGAGCAGUUAACCAAGCUUAAACCACCCCAGUUCAACGGAAUUGGUGAAGCCUGCGAGGCCGAAAACUGGUUGAGGCAAAUCUUGAAGAUUUUGGAUAUCUUAUGGACACCGGAGCAGUACCGUGUGUCCCUAGCUGUACACCAGCUUGUCGGGGAGGCUGACAACUGGUGGGAUACCGUCCAUAGCCUACGGAUUGUCGCUGACCUAACUUGGGCAGAGUUCGAGCAACUCUUUCUGGAGCGGUUCUUUCCACCUGUCCUGAAGGCACAAAAGAUCAGUGAGUUCUUUGCUCUGACCCAAGGAAACAAGACCACUCACGAGUAUGUUGUGGCCUUCACACGACUACUUAAGUACGUGCCAGCAAUCGCCAACGACGAUCAGAUGAAGAAACAUAGGUUCAUGGCAGGACUUCGAGACUCGAUUCGACGCGAUUUACGCUCGAACACUACCUUGAGCUACAGUGAGUCCGUAGCUGCCGCUUACGCCAUCGAGGCUGAUGAAGCUGCAUACCCAAGACGUGGGGAUGGUCAGGGAAGCUCUCACCCACGGAAGAAUUGCUGGGUGCAUCGGAGGAAGCUCCAAGGAGGAAACUCCCAAGGAUAUGCCAGUUCCAGCAGUAGCAGUGGAUCUUCAGGAAGACGGAGCCCUGCACCCUACACUUGUUUUGCUUGUGGCCAACCUGGACACACCAAGAAUCCGAGGCCAGCUCAAUCACUAUCAACUCAGAUAUCGCCAGCACCCUACCGACCACCUCAGCCGUUAGCAGUGAAGUACGACCAGCAGAUUACCGCACCUCGACCUGUCAACCAGGCAAACCGAGGAAGAAACCGUGGAGGACGCAACCAGGGAGGACGUGGACAACUGUAUGUAAUCACCGGUGGAGAGACUACUGAGGCUUCUGGCUCUGGCACUGCACUAGCUAGUACGAUACUCAUCUCUAACUCUGAAGCUAGAGUAUUGCUUGACACUGGUGCAUCCCAUUCAUUCAUCACUACAUGGCUAGCUGAGUCACUAGGACUAGAACCAACACCGCUAGACGGAGUUUUCGACUUUAAGACCCCGCUUGGUGUGGGGACUGGUGUAGACAAAGCCUAUAGGAAGUGCCAAGUUGUUAUUGGUGGUAGGAAGCCCCAAGCCGAUCUCUAUCCUAUCGAGUUGUAUGACUUUGAUCUAAUUCUCGGGAUGGACUGGCUGAGCAAGUACAAAGCACUCAUCGAUUUCGAUCGACGCGCGGUACGAAUCACACCACCAAGCAAGGAGACCUUCGAAAUAAAAAUGGCAAAACCCCUUUUACCUCCAAGUUCACUACUGAAGGCUUGUUUUCAAGGGAGGAGAAUGCUUGCUUGUUACAGCAUCAUCGCUGCAGGGGAAAAGGUAAACAUGGAGACCCACGGCUACAUGCCGAUUGUAGACGAGUACCCUGACGUAUUCCCGGAGGAGCUACCAGGAUUACCCCUGCAUCUUGAAAAGGAAUUCCGCAUUGACCUAGUUCCUGGUACUGAGCCGAUCUUGAUAUCGCCGUAUCAGAUGGCACCAGCCGAGAUGAGCGAACUGAAGUUACAACUAGAGGAUCUUGAGAGCAAAGGGUUCAUCCGAAAGAGUUCAUCACCUUGGGGAGCUUCUGUCUUGUUAGCUAAAAAGCCUGACGGAAUGCUAUGUUUGUGCGUAGAUUCUCGACGAUUGAACCAAGUAACAAUCAAGAACAAGUAUCCACUACUGAGGAUAGACGAGUUGUUUGACCAACUCACGGGAGUGAUGUUCUUCUCUAAGAUCGACCUUCGAUCAAGGUAUCACCAGUUGCGAUUCAUGAUUGUCUUUAUUGACGACAUCCUCAUCUACUCCAAGACGCAAGAGGAACACGUUAUUCAUCUUCGCAUAGUUCUGCAGACAUUAUUGGAUCACCAACUCUACGCUAAGGAAUCUAAGUGUGACUUCUGGCUCACAAAAGUAAAGUUCCUUGGACAUGUCAUCUCUGCAGCUGGACUUUCAGUGGACCCUUCGAAAGUCGAAGCUGUACUUAAUUGGGAACAACCACAGAACGUGACCGAAAUCCGCAGUUUUCUUGGAUUGGCUGGUUACUACCGCCGUUUUAGCCAAGAUUUCUCUAAGAUCGCCUUACCGUUGACCAAGCUGACAAGGAACGGCACAAUGUUCGAGGGGGACGACAAGUGUGAGAACGCUUUUGUGGAGCUUAAGACGAGGUUGACUACCGCACCUGUACUAGUUCUUCCGAACAAUGUCGACCCCUACCAAGUGUACACCGACGCCUCGGGGAACGGACUAGGUUGUGUGCUUAUGCAAAAUGGCCAAGUUGUGGCCUUUGGCUUGAGACAGUUAAAGCCGCACGAGAGGAACUACCAGACUCACGACUUGGAACUUGCUACUAUGUAUAGUCUUCGCAUUGAAGAUCUGAUGGGAAACCCUCAGGGGUACCUUGUGAGUUUAACUCUGAAGCCACAGUUACUACAACUCGUGGAAGAAAGCCAGUGGAAAGACCCGGAUACGUAUAUGCUCCGAGCACAGAUCUACGCCGGAGAAGUCACCAACGAGUGGAUGGUGGGCCAAGAUGGUUGUGUUAGAUUUAAGGGUCGGAUGGUUGUCCCUGAAAACGACCAUAUUAGGAAGAUGGUGCUGGAAGAAGCGCAUCGUACAUGCUUCACUAUGCACCCGGGAGCAGGAAAGAUGUACCAAGAUAUGAAGCGCCAAUUUUGGUGGUGA